UCAGACUGUCAGCCAGCUGAUGAUUUUCUAAUAUCAGCAUAUAUUUAGCUAUCCACAUGUAGCAUUAGUAAGCAAAGUAUGUCUAAGAGAAUCAUCAUCUCUUGCUUAUUCUUUGCUCUUGAAAAUGAAAAAAUACAAUUUGAUCUAGGCUUAAACACUUACCAGUGGGGAAAACUGUGGCCAAAGUAUUUAAACGCCUGAGAAACUAAGUGCAAUUUAUUUGGUGUCACCUUGUGGUCAUUAACCUGCUGGAUAACAGAGAAAAUGCAGUGUGUAUUCACCAACAUUGUAUUUAGUUUAGUUUAAAAUGAAAUAAAUCUUUUAAGUCCCAUCAAUCCGGUCAAGAGCACAGGAGAUGGAAGAAACAUUAUGUACAUAUUUAGUUGAGGCCUUUGGUUACAACAAGCCAUGACAUCAUAUUUAACAUACUGUCACUCAAAUUAAGGAGGCGUGACCAAUUUCUCAAUUAUAAAACCACCAGCACUCCUGAGCCAUAAGUCAUUAGAUUAUGACUUUUUACAUAUUCUGUUACUAAUGCUGCAUUGAUGAACCUUCCAUGCAGUUUAAUCAGUCUGAUCGCUGUGAGCAUUUCUCCUGUCCAGAGAGAUCUGUAUCUCCUGCAGUUUAUAUCUUACUGUACGUGUGUUCAGCUGCUGUGGUUCUGCUAACAGUGUGUGGAAAUCUGCUGGUCAUCAUCUCUGUUCUUCACUUCAAGCAGCUUCACACACCAACCAACAUGCUGGUGCUCUCUCUGGCCGUGUCGGAUUUCUUUGUUGGUGUUUUUGUAAUGAUGCCUAUGUUCGUCUGGACAAUUGAGUCAUGCUGGAUUUUUGGGAGAGAUUACUGCACUGUCUUUUGGAUAAUUUGUGGUUUUCUAUUACUUUUAACCAUCUAUAAUAUCACUCUGAUUGCUGUGGAUCGCUAUUUGGCUCUCUCAAACCCCUUUCUCUACAUGAACAGAGUCUCUGUGAGGAUCACUCGUGUUGUAAUUGUUUUUGACUGGUGUAUGGUGGGGGUCUAUAUCUUAACACUCAUGCAUUUCAAUGGAAACUUCACAAUUUCUGUAAUGUGUUCUGGAGAAUGUUUUUACUUUCUGAAUGAGGUCUGGAUUGUAAUCGACCUCAUAUAUGCAUUUAUAUUUCCACUUUCUGUCAUAAUCAUAUUGUAUACUCGAGUGUUUGUGAUUGCUAAGAAACAUGCCACUGCUAUCAGAGAGCUUAAUAAUCACACACGGCCUAAAACACAGAAAAUCACCUCACACUCCAUGAAAUCUGAGAGAAAAGCAGCUAAAGUCCUCGGCAUUUUAGUGUCUGUGUUUCUGAUGUGUUUACUUCCAUAUUUUAUUUACAGUUUAUUAGGUGAUAUUAUUGAACUACAGACAGAAAUUAUUCAGAAACUUGUGAUCAUUCUUUAUCUUAACUCCACCAUUAAUCCAGUUAUUUAUGCUCUGUUUUACCCGUGGUUCAGGAGGUGUGUUAAAUUAAUCAUAACUCUGCAAAUAUUUCAAACAGACUCUGCAUUAAUCAAUGUUCUUUCAUGA